ACAUCCUUGAAUACCAAUCCGUUUCAAUCGUUUUCAGUCGGUGUAAUCGUUAUAAAUCCGUGAUUUCCGGAUCAAGAAUCCAGAUUCAUGCGGAUUCAAAAUUUUUAAUCGGAUUCAAUCGGUCAUUCUUAGCAGGGCAUGUGGCAACGCCGCGCCGUGUAGUGUUUCUUUCCACAGCACUAUUCUUUUGCAAGCAAAUCUCCCGUUAUCGAAAUUGUUUGUUACCUUCCAUUAUUUUUCAACAUAAACACAAUACAUAACCUCACUCAAACACAUGGCACUGCUGGCAUGAUAGCUGCCUACAGCGAAGAGAUGCAAUGUCGCGACAUUUCUCUUGUACGAAUGUCAACUGAAGUCAAAUCUUGAACUGUUUACAUUUAUCAGUAGAUAAAUUGAUACGUCAUCGAAUGAAAAGUUACAUUAUAAAAUCAGUAAAUAUACAAGUGUCUAGAAUAUAUCCAUAAAAAUGGUUUUUCUUAAAAUAAAUUUUAGGCCUUAUAUUGACUCAUAUGGUACAUGGCCCAAUCACCUUAAUAGCGCUUUGAACAUGCAUCGGAACGCGGCCUAAUUUGAUUGGCUCACCCCUAGGUUCGCCAUUUUGCCCACCCUACAAGUUUCCAGACCUGUAUGUAAGACCGUGGUCUGCAAUCAGAAUUAAUAUGAACGUUUUAAAAAUUAUUUUAUACUGAAAUAAAUAAAUAUACAGGCUAAUAAGCCUGUAGCUAUAAGCGAUAGUUGCUAAUUAAGUUUGUCACUCAUAUUUCCAUCUUGCAGAGGACCUCCGUAACGAGAUCAAAGAUGUACACCAGCUGUGCAGGGUGAAGAGGUUAUCUCAAACGCCCUUAAUUGGGCCACAGUCCAAUUAAGAGCGACUCAAAUGCUAGUUAGCUAAGUCUAACUAGCUCAUCUUCAUGAAACUUUACGUUGCGUGCGUCUAUUUAAUGACGAUGGAUGUAGAAAGCUCUUCAAAUCACUUCGAGAGGAUUAUCAAAAGCGAUCUCCUUAUAUCGCAUAUUUAAUCAGAUGUCGUCAGGGAUUGCUGUCGACAUUAGCUCACUUAGAUAGAUUAUGCGUGCGAGUUAUGUGCGAUCGGGAUGCUAUCAAUAAUCAUCUUGUAUCCGUUUGUGUGAGGGUAUUUUUGGAAAAAAAGAAAGCUUUCCUCCUGCGAAGAGUUUAAAAAGCUUACGCUAGCUGACGAGAAACAGGAUCUCGUGGAUAAUUUUCUAGGGAAAGUCCACGUGGAAAUGGACAACGAUCCGAUUUGGCAAUCGGCAAGCGCCAACCAGUUAGAUUUGGCGAGAGUCGUGGUGGAAAGAACCGUCAUGGCACGGGUAUACCACAAUGCGCUCUAUCUAAAUGAAGAUGGAGAUGUAUAUAGGGACCAGCUUUUUCACGGUCAUAUCAAUAAGUUGGCAAAGGUCGUAACUUCAAAUCACAGGGACCUACGCAUUUCAAAAGUUUAUCAUUACGAAUGCCCCUGGUCAUGGGCGCAGGCUGAAUUGACUGUGAUAUCGGCGUAUAAGACUCCUAGGGAUAAGUUGCAGUGUGUAUUUUGUUGCGCGACUACCAUCAUGAAUCUCUUCUCCAUGGCAUCGGAAAGAGGCAUACCUGCUGCCGACGAUCUGACUCCCGUGCUGGUCUACAGGUAUGUCAUAAUCAAGACUAAUUCGCCGUCGUUGUAUCGACUGUUCAAUAUGUAGACAGCUUUUACGGGAAUCGAUUGGAGGGAGAAGAACAAUAUUGGUGGACGCAGUUCUGCGCCGCGAUCGAGUUAAAACAAUGGAUUAACAGUUUCUCAAGAGUAUCACGAUAAAUAAGAUUAGAUUCGAUGCUGGUGAUAAUGUAGAAAUGUAUCAUAAUCAUAAUUUGACGAUUUCAUAAAGAAGAAGACCAAUAUCUUGUGUAAAGCUAGCUAAACAGUUUUAUGCUUCCAGUAUCAAUUAAAAUUCUUAAAUAGCCUCUUAAAUAGUCUAACUGUUAGUUCUUUCGCACGUUAUUAUGUAACAUUAGCAAAGACUGAAUCAGAUUAUACGUAAAGUGUGGCUUUAUCUUUAUUUGUAACUCUAUUGUACAAUGUCACAGGACAUCGAAAAAAAAAA